AUGGACAAUAGACAGACUGUUUUAUCACUCGGAUUUGGGUUAAUAUCAACUGUAUCUACGUAAGCAUAUGCUUUCUUUGUUGGCUUUUAGGCAUGUGUUGGUUUUUCCAGGGUUGAUCGUCAAAAAGUUCGGCCAAUCGUUGAAAAACAUUUUCGUAAAGGACUGAUAAGUUCUUUUAAACUUUUUUACAAUUGAAAAAAUUAUUAACAUAAUUGAAAUGAUACUGUUUGUAGAACAACACUCACACAACCUUUUGAUAAGAUAAAGACCUUGAGACAACAAUUAGGUAAUGGAGCAAAUAAUUCUGCUUUUAAAAUUGUAAAACAAGUUGUAAAGGAAAAAGGAGUACUAGAACUAUGGAAGGGCACUGUACCUGUAAGUUUACAUGCCUUAUACUUUUAUGGUUGGUUUAUUAAAAUGUUUUCUCAAUGUACUAUAAAAUAAAAUUAAUUUUAUAGUUUAACCUUCUGAUUUAAGUAUUUAUCUAAGGACUUAUUUUUAAAAAAAUGUAAUUUAAUAUUAGUAAUGUCAUUUCAGUCUGUUAUGCGUGCUGCUCCUGGAGCUGCUUUGUACUUGUCAAUUGUUAAUUGUAUACGGACACGGCUUCAUAUCAAAGACGAUGAUGCUAAGUUACUGUUUGGUACUGGUUUUGUUACAAGACUGGGUUUGGCGGGAUUGUUACAGCCUUUUACAAUGAUCAAGGCUCGACUAGAGGUAGGUAUUCUUUACAUCUGUUUGUUUUGUUGUUCAUAAGUUUAUAUUGUAUAGAUUUAGAGUACCGUGUACAGAGACAAGUCAAUGCUACAAGCGGGUCGUACUGUGAUUACUGAGCUGGGUGUUAAAGGUAUGUUUUGAUUAGGUUAACGGUAAAAGAUGAAAUAUUAUGCUUGCUAAGGUUUUCUUAUAAUAUUAUAGUUUACUAAUGUUUUUUACAGGAUUGUGGCGUGGACUUCUCCCGACAUUACUUCGCGACGCACCGUACUCUGGCGUCUACCUUGUAUUUUACCGUAGACAAAUUAAUUUGAUAGAACAGUACAGUAACUCUACUGCAAUAUCACCGAUCGCCAGAUUUACUUGUGGCGCUAUAAGUGGAUUAAUAGCUUGCUUACUAACUCAGCCCUUUGAUGUCGUCAAGACUGUAGUACAACUUUAUCCAAAGAGAACGGCAUCAUUACUGUCAGCGAUGAUUUCACUAUAUCGAGAACAUGGCGUUGCCAUCUUCUUCCGAGGUUACAUGUUACGAGCUACCAAAAGGACAUUGAUGGCAGCUAUGAAUUGGACAAUCUUUGAUGAGAUUGUGGAGUACGUGAAGAAGCGGUAUCCUCACAUAGAAUAG